AGUGUGUACAUUAUUUGUUUGAUUGAUUUCAUGUAUUGAUUGUCCUCCUUCCAGACCAUCAUGAGGACUUUCUUUAUUUUAUGUGCGCUGGUAGCUGCUGUGAUCGCCCGCCCCGAUGCCGCCACUUACAACCCUAAGUACGACAACUUCAACGCCCAAGACUUAGUAGAGAACACACGUCUACUUAAGAGUUAUGGCAAAUGCUUCCUUAACAAAGGCCCUUGCACGACUGAGGGUAGCGACUUCAAAAGGGUAAUCCCGGAAGCUCUCCGAACCAAUUGCGGCAAAUGCACUCCAAAACAGCGUCAGCUGGUGCGCGUAGUAGUCCGUGCCUUCCAGGAGAAGCUUCCCGAAGUUUGGACGCAACUCAUAGACAAAGAGGAUCCUGAAGGACAGUACAAGGAGGCCUUCGAAGAAUUCCUUCGAGGCUCUGAAUAUCCACCCUUAUUACCUUUGCCCCCGUCCGUCUGUUGCCUUAGGUCUCACGGCGCAUUACCCAAAAGUGGGAAGUCCACUAUGAAGCUAUUACUCCUUAUUUCUCUGGUGACGUUGGCAACAGCGACGCAAUAUUACGACUCCAACAAUGAUGAUCUGGACAUCGAUGCCAUUGUGGCAAAUCUGGAUACUUUGAAAGAAUGGUACAACUGCUUCGUCCUUGAUGGAACUUGCAAUGCUGUACAGAGCGACUUUAAGAAGGAUAUCCCGGAAGUAGUAAAAGAAGCUUGUGCCAAGUGUACAGAGGCACAGAAGCAGAUCCUUAAGAAGUUCCUGACAGGAAUGAAGAAGAAACUGCCCGCAGAAUACGAAACUUUUAAAAACAAAUUCGAUCCUGAGAAGAAAUACUUUGAACGCCUGGAGACUGCUGCCGCAAAUUUUUAA